AUGACACUUGGCGGGCCCCUCGUGCUGUCGGCGUGCAACGACCUGUCGGUGUUCGACCCGUCGACGUCGGUGGCGGCGCGGUUCUACUCGUCGCUGCUGGAGUGCGUGCGGCGGCUGUCGGACGUGACGUACGGCGUGGAGGUGUCGUGGCGGGAGGCGCAGGUGCCGGGCCUGCUGCAGACGCUGGCGGCGUGGGCGGCGGAGGGGGCGGCGGAGGGCGCGGCCGACGAGGCCCGCCAGCUGGUGGCGCCCGCGCUCGCCGCGCUCGUCAACCUCUGCCAGCGCAACCUGCCCGCCGUGGUCGCUCUCAUGCGCGCAGUCGACACGCGAGCCUUCCUCUGCACGCUCCUCUCCCGAAAGGACCCCUCGCCCGCCACCAAGCUGCAGGUGUGCAAGCUGGUGGUGACGGUGAAGCAGGUGCAGGGCGGGCUGCAGGACAGCGACGUGCUGAACUUCUGCGAGGCGGCCUUCUGCGCCGUGGGCGACGCGCUCGCCGGCGCCGACGCCUUCCUGCUGCGCCAGAUCGUCGACUUCUUCGAGGACGUUCGGAACGACGAUCGCUGCCGCGCCGCGCUGCUGCGCUAUGAGAAGUACGGAGCUCCGUCUGAUAAGCUCGUAAAAUACGGUAGCAGUGAAAAUGGAGCAGGUAACAAGCUAGACGUAAGAGUAGUGCGAGCGAAGCUGACGUGGAGUUGUGGCAGCUUCCGGAAGGACACGGAGGGCGUGCUGGGCCAGCUGAAGGACUCCCCGAAGCCGCAGUGCGUGUCGCUGCUGCUGCAGUUCCUGCUGCCGCUGGUGCAGCUGCGCAUCCGAGAGCUGGUGCCGCUCUACCCGGACGUGGCCGCGCUCGCGCUCAAGUGGAUAGUGGGCGAGACGGCGGGCACGGCGGCCAUGAUGGUGCUGUGCGCCAUAGUGAGCACUGUGUGCGGCCACAGCCAGGACGCGUCCCCAGCGGAUGAGCAGAAGCAGGUGGACCGCGAGACGGCCUGCGUGCGCGACGCCGUGCUGGACUUGAUCGAGGCCAGGAUACCGACGCUGGCGGCGCUGCUGGAUCUUCGGAGCUCCGCGCCAACUGAAUGCGAUGGAGAUGGUGGGGGCGGUGGGGGCGGAGGAGGCGGCGGCGGGGGCACCAGGCGACAGCAGCUGACUGAUACGGAGACCCGCCAGCGCAUCUCCUCACUGCUGCAGCUGCUGCGCGUCGCGGCAGGCGCCUCGCACGCGCUCGCCGAGCAGGCGCUGCAGCUGCUGCUGGAGCUGUCGUCGUGGCGCGAGGAGUGGGGCGACGCGCUGUGGAGCUCCCUGAGACAGCCGCUGCUGCAGCUGCUUCUGGCCGCCGCGCUGCUGGCGGGCGCCCCCCACCACAAGGCUCAGGCGCUGCGCCUGCUCAGCACGCCUGGCUUCCUCAAGGAGUGCGGAGCGUCGCUGUCGGAGCGACUGUGCGAGCUGCAGCCGCUGCUGGUGGUGCCGUACAGCAGCGCGCGGGCGGCCGGCCGCGGGGGCGGCUCCUUCCGCCCCCACAUGGACGAGAGCAUGCAGCAAGACCUCACGCCGCUCUUCACCAUAGUGCAGGAGGGCCGCCUCAACCAGAUGAUGGCUCGCCUGCAGGAGGCCUUCGAGAAUAAGGAGAUACGCGACGUGUCGGUGUCGGCGAUAGUGGACCUGUACCGGUGCAAGAUCGCGGCGCUGGGCAACUCGGAGAAGGCGCUGUACGCGCGGCUGGAGAAGGCGGACGAGGAGGCGUCGCGCAGCCAGCAGCUGCUGUCGCACGCGCUCGACGGCGCCAGCCGCCUGCUGCAGCGCUCGCGCCACUCCGCCGAGCUGCUCGAGGAGGCGCGCGCCGAGCUCAAGGACAGGGACAAGGCGGUCCGUACCCCGAAGCUGCCCUCACAGAGUACCUCGAGCCUGGGGACAAGGCAGAACAAUGUACGUGGUGAUCCGUGGGCGCAGGUGGCACGGCUGGAGGAGACUAAGAGUCGCCUGGAGUCAGCACUUAACACAGCGGAGGAGCGGUGCGAAGCAGAGGAGCAGCGAGCGGAGCAGCUGGAGCAGGAGCUACAGAAGGCCACGGCAGAGGCUCGCGAGCUGGAGCGAUCAGUACAGCAGCUCACAGACAAGGCCGCAGAUCAAGCGAAGAUCAUACGCCGACUACAAGACAAGCUAGCAAAGAAGAAAGAGGAACUGAAGAAUUUAAAAAACCGCAGCAACAACGACAGCAGCAGCGACAGAAGUCAAGACGCAAGGUCGUAUCCCCACAACGUGCCUAAAUGUCGCCAGGAGGCGUCGACGGCGCAAUCUUCGCUGGCGAGCGCGCGGCUGGAGGCGUCGCGGCUGCAGGAGGAGCUGGCCGAGUCGCGCGCCGAGGCGGCGGCGGUGCGCGCCACGCUCGCCUCCCGCGACGUCGAGCUGCACGAGCUGCGCGGCGUGCGCCGGGAGAUCGCCAGGCUCUCCGCCAAGCCCGACGCCACCGCCUCCUGA